CUCUUAUAUUUAUAGUUGGAUAAGAUUAGCCUUAGAGAAUGGGGUCAAAAGUUUACAUCCCCGUGUCCAAACCAUACCAAUGUUGGCAGUUCCAGCAUUUUGCCCCAACCACUAUUUUCUUCCAAAAAAUUAACUUAUCUAAAUUUAAAAAGGUGUGUUUUGGAGCAGCCCUUACCCAUAUUCAGUCCAUUUGGAAGUUGUCUUUAGUUUUUUACCAUAAGAAAGGCUCCAUAUUUUUGAAGAAUGAUGACUGCCCUUCCCUUGAGCAUUUAGUUCUCAAAUCCUGUUUGGGUGUCAAAUCUUUCCAUAUUUCUAAUCUUCGUCAUCUCCACAUUCUCAAUGUUUCUUUUGGCUGUUAUUCAUUUGAGUUAGUGGUUGCAUCUCAGAGUAUCCAAACUUUGUACAUUUAUGCCAUGUCCAAACCUUGGUCCAUUAUCAACAUUGAUGGUUGUCGUCACUUGAAAUUAUUAUAUUUGCUGUCUAUGACAAUUACUGACAAGGAGUUACAUUCCCUUCUUUCGAAACUAACCCUGAUUGAGGAACUUUAUCUUAACUAUUGUCAUCAUCUCAAAACAAUAAAGAUUUCAAAUCCAUGUCUUAAAACUGUUAUCUUUGUCUGUGCUGUAUCUAGCCACCUUCACAUCUUAGAAAUUGCAGCACCAAGUCUGGAAAACUUCAUGUUUUUGGCUGAUUCAAGAGUCUGUAGGAUUAAUGUGACAGGUUGUUGCAAUUUGAAAACCUUGGUGUUGAAAAAGCAUAUGGGCCCAGAAGCAACUUUUCAUGAUCUGUUCUUCAAAUGUCCUUCGCUUGAGAAUCUCUGGCUGGUACAAUGUACUGAGUUACAAAGGCUACAGCUCCUGAAUCCUCGACUUAAGAGGGUGCAUGUUGUUAGAUGCUGUAAAUUGAAUGCCGUGAAGGUUGAUAGUCCAAAUUUGUUCGAGUUUUCUUGCACUAGUCUCGAGGCACCCAGAAUUACAGUAGUUGGUGCCAUGAAGGCAUCCAGUGGUGUGAGGUUCGACUCUGAACAUGGCAGUCGUCAUUGUUCUGGUAGGGGAUGUUCCUUCUGCAGUCACUUGCUAAUACGCCUCAGCUUUAAAGUGCCUUUUGUAUAUUGUGAAAUCCAGUUAGCAUUUUUCAAUCCAAAAGAAUUAAUUAAUUCUGCAAAGUCUGUCUUUGGUGAAAGCACCCCGUUCCAAUAUAGCAAGGCCCUCCAUUGCCAUCAAAUCCUAGAAAGGUUCGCCUUGAUUCAGGGAAUUGCUGUAGAUUUCAUUCUUAGCAAAGUUUAAUCGAUUUCAUACUUGCAAAAAGGAGGAAAUUUUUGAACUCCAAUUCACGCAUCCUCUUGAAGUGCAUUGAGCCAACAAAUGUUACCCUGCUAAGCCAUAUGUUUUCCCAACAAAUGGUAUCAGAGCCAAUGGGAUAACUCAAUUAGUGGUAAUUUCGGUCUUGGGCUGGCCUUAGCAAAGUGAAAGUUAUGUUAUAUAAACCCAUGACUAGUAUACCCAUGGAUGAUGUUGCCAUGGAUUUUGUCAUGUAUGUAUGUAAAAAAAAAAAAGUAUACCAAUGGACCAUGUCAUGUAUAUAUCACAACUCACAAGUGAAAGGAGAAAUGUGUUUCCCUUGUAAGUGUAAAGAAUUAAGAUUUCAUAUCGAA